AAACCACAGAGGCAAAAACAAUACCAAAAUGGCCGUUUACAAAGUGAUGAGGAAUUUCUGUGUGUCUGUGAAUUAAUUUAUAUAAAAUUUUCGCGGAUUUUUUUUGUUUGAUAACAUAUUUAUUAGUGUUGGAGUGUAAAUAAGAAAACGUUAGUUGUGAAAGGAUAUUUCAUGCAUUGAUGGCAAAUGAAUAUCCAUUAAAAAGUUAAAUUAUAAAUUGCUUUAAAAUGGCGCACGCAAUCAAAGCGAGUUGACUUUCUUUUUCUGUACACCAUUCAGUUUUGAUUUUCUGUUUUUAUAUAAAAAAAUUGUACUUUUAUACUAAUUGUAUAUACACAAACGAUAUAUAAAUACACAAUUUAAGCAAUUAUUAUAUUGUAUUGGUGAAAUUUGUUUACCUAAAUAUUGUAAAUACUUAUAAAUUUUUUCGGUGAAAAAAAAAAAAUUGAAAUAAAUACAAUGUGUGCUGCACAAAGCAACCCGCAGCAGAGCUUCGGCUAUACAUGGGGCUUCGCUGACAACAGUCGCGCGGAUUCCGUAUUAGAAAUGUCGCCUAAUAUUAGUUAUACCGUCAGCAGUGAAUCCAUGCCAUAUUUGUUAACGGAUGGUUCAAUCACUAUGCAAAAGGAUGUCAAGAAUGCUUUAGCUGCAAAUAAAGGAAGUGUCGUACGUCGCAUGUUUGUUGUUAACGAACCAUUUCCAUCAGGUCAACGUGUUAUCACCACAAGCGCAGCCCCAACAGUUGUUAAGAAACAAGAGCAACAAGUUUUAAGUUUGAAUUGCGAUAAAAAUUAUCUUUUAGUUGAUCACACAGAUCAAACGCAUGCACUAACAAAUGGUAUUGUCGAACAAAAAGCUAUACUUACCGCAGCACCUCCUGGAAGUAAAACACAUUACAGUCCAAUUGGUCCCAUACAGUUAACAGCUGAGGAAUGUAAUGAAAUUCUAAUGAAACGUGCACUUGCAGCUUCUCAACAAACUCAAACAAUAACCACCACAGAUGCCCACACAGGAACAAGUAAAUUGCUUUAUAAACUUAUUUAUUUUGCGCUAAGCAUAUACACACUUUUGACAAUUAAAUAA